UCUGAGAAUUUCAAUUUCUCUAUAGAAAAGCAAUCUUGGAAUAACACAAGAGUCCCAAACGUUUUUUUUUUCUGUCCAAAAAACAGCUGAAAUUGAAGGCGCCCCAAUAAGCUCAAACUCUUCUGCUGAGAUUGGAAACGUUGGGGAAAUUCAGAGCCUUGUGAGCGCCGCUCUGAGGGGCACAGUAGACGCCGGAGACUCGGUCGGGCCGGCGGAGGACGAGGAUGAAGUAAUAGAGCUGGAGUUCUUCGACAGCAGAGCAGUAGACAAGCUGCACGCCACGCAUGACGCGUAUUGCCCAAACUGCAGAAGCCCCAUUUCCAAGGUUGUUCUGAGGAUCAAGCGGGAAAGAAGGAGGGUUGAUCCGCCCCCUAAUCCGGAGAAAAAGCUCGAUUUGCUCGGUUGUCUGUCAUGCUUUCGAGUUUUCCUCCCUUCGAGAACAGAAGCAGAUGAAAGCAAUGGGAACCCUGGAGAGAAACAGGAACCAAACAGUGCAUUGCCUGAUGCAGGAAAGUGCUUUGACCUGCACUGGAUUUUUGGGCAGAGAUCAAGAACAUCAAAUCCACAGACAUCUGUCACAUCUCAACCGCAACCAUCUCAUUCUGACCAAGGGAAGAAGAAGCCAGGCGAUGCACAUAUACAAGGUAGUAGUGCUGCUAAUACUUCAUCACAUCCCCAUGAUUCAAAUGGAACUCAGAAUGCUCCUACUCCUUCACGAAAGGAAAUCGAGACUCCAUCGGUGAAAGAAAUGAAUGGGGAUGCAGCUAAACAGAAACUCAAGCACAAUUGGAAGGACUAUGCAAAAACGACGGGGAGUUCUGCAGAAAGAAAUUUUGUCGUGGGAGAAGGGCAUUCAGGUGCAUGGAUGGAAGAUUCAAAGAAACAAGAACCCGAAAUUAGAGACGAGAAGAACGGAAGCUUUACAAAUAUUAAAGGACGAGACUUGCAAAUUCAAAUUGAUGAAAGCACAAACGAGGCAAGAACUUCAACCUGCAUGCAAGAUCCUAUACAAGUGACCGGAAAAAGUGGUUCACAAUCAAUAGAGGUGGUCAAGAGCAUAGUGUAUGGAGGCCUAGCUGAGUCAAUCACAAGCUUAAGUCUGGUUUCUUCAGCUGCUGCCUCUGGUGCCACCACACUGAAUGUUUUGACUAUUGGAGUGGCAAAUCUCAUAGGCGGUCUUGUAAUCAUGGCACACAAUGUAUGCAAAUAUAAUACCUAUCCUUAUCUGCAAAUCGCGCCUUAGUUACUUAUUGCUCCUACGUAUUAAGUCAAAUAUAUGCCCUUGAUCCAGGCCCCGGGUCCAUCCCAAGUUCAAUAAAAACUUCUCAAUGUGUAAAGUUUUUGUGUAAAAAAUUAUAUGAAUGAGUUCCUUUUCCGGUCUACCCAAAGUCCAUAAUCCAUUAUGGACUUGUUAUGAUGUAACUCAAGUCUCAAUGAGCAACUCAAAUAACAAGUCUUGACAAGGAGCACAUGUAUUUCAAGAAUAGUACGGAGUAUGACCUAACCACACACCGUCUUGUGGUGUCUUACGUUGUUCACAUCAGUUGAGUAGUUCAUUACUCUAACGAAAAACCCAGUCCAACUAAGACUACAAGUUUACACACAUAUUUCAAGUGCCAAUCUGGUACGCUAGCCAGAAAAAGAAAUUCCAAUUUCACGAAUCUUUUUUAAUCCCAAAAAAGAGUACAAUUAUCAAGUAAAAUUUUAUAUUUUUGUAAAAUUCAUCUAAACCCAAGCCAUUUUAGCUGAUAUACUGAAUAAUUAUGGAAACAAGUUUUAGGCCUGAAUGGUCGAUCAUUAAUCAUUUCUAAGAGCUUUUUUUUAUUGAUUUUACUAAAGAAAAUUAUACCAUGAUGACAUGUUUUUUAUAGAGGGAGUAAUUGAUUACGAAAUACAAUAAUCACAUAAAAUGGACUUGUUUGAUUGCAGUUUUUGGACUUGCAUAGCAAUCGCCCUGCAGAAGAGUACCAAGAAGUAUUAGGCCAAAGAAAAGACUUUCCACUUCAUCUCAUUGUUGCAGUGUUGUCAUACCUCACCUUUGGCCUCACCCCACCUGCCAUCUAUGGAUUUGCGUUUCAUGAGAGAGACGAUAGAGACAUGAAGCUUUUAAUGGUUGCAGUGGCUUCUUUUGUGUGCAUCAUUUUUCUGGCCAUUGGAAGAGCUUACACCCGCAGAGCAAAUACGUUUAAGGAUUAUUUGCUGACUGUACUGCAAUACGUUAUUGUUGCAGCUAUGGCUUCUGGUGUUGCUUAUGCAGUGGGUCAUUUGUUUGGGAGGCUGAUGGAUGAACUCGGAUGGUUUGACUCAGCCCCAACCAACCCAAGCAGCGGUCUUCUUCUUUCUAAGGUUCAAUCGGAACAUCUAAACUGGGAUUCAUAUUGAUUCUUGUAAUCACGAUGGGUCAUGCUUCCAUCUUCCGGGAUUUCGCCUCCAAGUUGUUCCAGUGUUUUCCUUGAGGAAAUUUGUUAUUAAACUUGGGAUUCCAUUAAUUCAAUUAUUAUAUGGAUUUGUAUUUUUAUACUCCUUCCCUAUUUAUUUUUGUAUUCCUUGUGACAUAAAUGAAGCCUUGUUUCAUCAUUUGUUGAAAAAA